GGUCCCUGCCUGCUCCCUUGGCACUUCUUGGCGGUGUGCUUGCAGCAGGACGCUGAAAACUCCGGCUCCAAGACACUCGUCCAAGAGGAAAGAUGACCAGUGCCUUCUCGAAGUUGCUAACUGGGCGGAAUGCCUCUCUACUGUUUGCUACCUUGGGUACCAGUGCCCUGACCACUGGGUACCUGGUGAACCGGCAGAAAGUGUGUGCUGAGACCCGGGAGCAGCAAAAGAUGUUCCCACCAAGCGCAGACUACCCUGACCUGCGCAAGCACAACAACUGCAUGGCCGAAUGCCUCACCCCCUCCAUCUAUGCUAAGCUUCGCAACAAGGUGACACCCAAUGGCUACACCUUGGACCAGUGUAUCCAGACGGGUGUAGACAACCCCGGUCAUCCUUUCAUCAAGACCGUCGGCAUGGUGGCGGGUGACGAGGAGUCCUACCAGGUUUUUGCUGAUCUUUUUGAUCCUGUCAUUAAGCUAAGACACAAUGGCUAUGACCCCAAGGUGAUGAAGCACCCCACGGAUCUGGAUGCAUCCAAGAUCACCCACGGGCUGUUCGAUGAACGCUACGUGUUGUCCUCCCGCGUCCGCACGGGCCGCAGCAUCCGCGGGCUGAGCCUGCCCCCCGCCUGCUCCCGCGCAGAGAGGAGGGAGGUGGAGAAUGUGGCCAUCACUGCCCUGGAGGGCCUCAAGGGGGACCUGGCCGGCCGUUACUACAAGUUGUCUGAGAUGACUGAGCAGGACCAGCAGAGGCUCAUUGACGAUCACUUUCUGUUCGAUAAGCCAGUGUCCCCUUUACUAACUUGUGCUGGGAUGGCCCGAGACUGGCCAGAUGCCAGGGGAAUCUGGCAUAAUUAUGACAAGACAUUUCUCAUCUGGAUAAAUGAGGAAGACCACACACGGGUGAUCUCUAUGGAAAAAGGAGGCAAUAUGAAAAGAGUAUUUGAGCGAUUCUGUCGUGGACUGAAAGAAGUGGAACGCUUAAUCCAAGAACGAGGCUGGGAGUUCAUGUGGAACGAACGCCUGGGAUACAUUCUGACUUGUCCUUCGAACCUCGGCACGGGAUUACGGGCUGGUGUCCACGUUAAGAUCCCAAAGCUCAGCAAGGACCCACGCUUUUCUAAGAUCCUAGAGAACCUCAGACUCCAGAAGCGAGGCACAGGUGGUGUGGACACCGCAGCCGUGGCUGACGUGUAUGACAUUUCCAACAUUGAUCGAAUUGGACGGUCAGAGGUCGAGCUCGUGCAGAUAGUCAUCGAUGGCGUCAAUUACCUGGUGGAUUGUGAAAAGAAGCUGGAGAAAGGUCAAGAUAUUAAGGUGCCACCACCUCUUCCUCAGUUUGGCAACAAGUGAUUUUCCCUUCCCUGUUUAUAGAUCAUCUGUCUGCUGGUGUGACAGACAGACAGCAAGCACUGCUCUCUGAGAGUUUUUGUAGCCUUGGGAAAACAUGUAACACUGUAGGCUAUCUUUACAAAUAAAAAACUCUCCUUAAAAACUU